AUGGAUGGAAUCUCCAUCUGGGUACUCCUAAUUUCAACUUCCUUCUUCAUCCCAAGCUCAAUUUCCGAAUCGGAAGACGUCAGGACCUCUCUGAUUCAGUUCAUCACCAACCUCUCCAACGGCACUUUCCCGCCGAGCCCGAGCUCCGGCUGGAACUCAACUUCCGACCCUUGCACAGCCAAUUGGACAGGGGUGGAAUGCGACAAGCCGAAUUCCCAAGUCAAGAAAAUCAUCCUCGAUGGGUUUAAUCUCACCGGAAAUUUCGACUCUGCCUCACUCUGUUCCGCCCCUGCUCUAGCUGUCCUCAGCUUGAACGGAAACCUCAUCGCCGGUUCUCUCCCGGACCAAAUUGGAGACUGCCGGCGGCUCACUCAUCUCUACCUCAACGGGAACCGGUUCUCCGGUCCGGUGCCUUCGACCGUCUCCAGGCUCAACAAUCUGAAGAGGUUUGAGAUUUCGAACAAUGGCUUCUCCGGUCAGCUCCCUGACCUCACAAGGGUUUCGGGAUUGAUCGCUUUCGUCGCCGACGGGAAUCAAUUCACCGGCGGGAUACCUUUGGGGUUCGAUUUCACCAACCUGGAGAGAUUCAAUGUCUCUAACAACAUCCUCAGCGGUCCAAUUCCUGACGUGGAUGGGAAAUUCGGAAUCACCAGCUUCUCAGGAAAUGCGGAUCUCUGCGGGCCUCCGCUUCCAAACUCGUGCCCUGAAUCUGAAUCCCCGCCGCCGUCUCCGUCGGCGCCACCGUCCUCAUCAAAACGUGAUAAAAACAGGACCCGCGAUCAGAUCCUGAUAUUCUCCGGCUACAUUCUGCUGGGGCUGGUUGUGGUCUCCUUCAUCGUUGCCAAAACAAUCCGCAAGAAGAAUCAGAAGAACAGAGUGAAGUCCGGCGGCCGUCGCGGCGGCGGGAGAAACAGAGAAUCGUCUACUACCCGAGAGACGAGUGGUUCUGCUAGUACUAGUAAGAGCACUUCUAGCGAGGGGAAGUCGAAGGCGACGACGACGGCGGGGAACAGCAGGUCGGAGAUGAGAUCGGAGUACUCGAUCACGUCGGCCGACAGUGGAGCUGCGGCUGCUUCGUUCGAGGUCCUGUCCAACCCUUUGGUAAAAGGGUUGAAGUUUAAUGACCUGUUGAAAGCUCCGGCGGAGCUGCUAGGGAAAGGGAAGCACGGCAGUGUGUACAAGGUGGUUUUGGAUAACGGGGCGGCGAUCGCUGUGAAGAGGACAAAAGAUUGGGGGAUUUCGUGUGAGGAUUUCAGUAGGAGGAUUAAGAGGAUUGAUAAGGUGAAGCACCCCAGAGUUCUGAAUCCAUUGGCGUUUUACUGCUCGGAUCAGGAGAAGCUUCUGGUUUAUGAGUAUCAGCCCAAUGCCAGCCUCUUCAUGCUUCUCCAUGGGGCACAUAGUGGGCAAGUGCUGGACUGGGGGAGCAGGCUGGUAAUAGCAUCCUGUGUAGCAGAGGCACUAGCAUUCGUCCACAGGGAGCUUCAGGAAGAUGGGAUUGCUCAUGGAAACCUGAAAUCGACCAACAUUCUGUUCAACAAGGAGUUGGAGCCCUGCAUCAGCGAGUAUGGCUUGAUGGUUGCAGAGGAUCCUGAUCAAGGGACGACGAAGAGUGGCAGCCAGCAGAAACCAUAUAGCAGCUUCAAGGUGGAUGUUUACUGGUUCGGAGUGCUGCUGCUGGAGAUGCUGACAGGAAAACUUGUGCAGAACAAUGGCCACGAUCUGGCGAAAUGGGUUCACUCUGUGGUCAGGGAGGAAUGGACCGUGGAGGUUUUCGACCGAGCUCUGACCUCGGAAGGCGCGAACGAAGAGAGGAUGGUGAACUUGUUGCAGGUGGCGCUGAAGUGCAUUACCCCUGCUGCAAAUGAGAGGCCAAACAUGGGGCAGAUUGCAGGGCUGGUGCAUGCUAUUAGGGAGGAAGAAGACAGGUCCAUUAUUGUCUCGGAGGGUUAA